UACGUGGAUUUUGAGCGGUUUCGGCUAAAAAGCGAUAAGCACAACUCGUUCGUAUAUAAGAGCUGCGUGCCACACAUUAAUUAACAUUAGAUUUUUGGAUUUUGCGUAAUGUCGUCGUCGUCGUUUUUGGGAUUAACUGUAUUGGGGCUGCUUUCGUUGGCAGCCUUGGCCAGCAGCGCCUCCAUCAGCACCCACAUUGUGGGCGGCACUGAAGCGGAUAUCGGCAACUAUCCUUACCAGGUAUCAGUCCGAUUGGAGACGUACAUGCUGCUGCAUAUUUGUGGCGGCAGCAUCUAUGCACCACGUGUAGUAUUGACUGCAGCCCACUGCAUUAAAGGACGUUUCGCUUCCUACAUACGGAUUGUGGCAGGGCAGAAUUCAAUCGCCGAUCUGGAUGAGCAGGGCGUAAAGGUCAGCAAGUUGAUUUAUCACAGUGGGUACAAUAAGAAGACGCAUGUGAAUGAUGUGGGCAUGAUUAUAACUGCUGUACCACUGGCAUACUCCACUCUGGUCCAACCCAUUCCCUUGGCUGUGGACUCACCCAAUCCGGGUACUCAUGCCGUUGUUAGCGGCUGGGGCAAGCGCACCGAAGCAGAUGAAGCACUCCCAGCCAUGCUACGUGCCGUUGAGGUCGUCAUUGUGGACACCAACACCUGUGGUUCUCAGUACUCGACCAAGGAUUACACCAUCACGGAUGAAAUGUUGUGCGCGGGUAUUGAGGAAGGCGGCAAAGAUGCUUGUCAGGGAGAUUCUGGUGGACCAUUGGCUGUCGAUGGAAUCUUGGUAGGCAUUGUGUCCUGGGGCGUGGGCUGUGCUCGCGAAGGCUUCCCCGGUGUUUACACUAGUGUAAAGCAUCACACAGCUUGGAUUGAGGAACAGGCUGCUUCAUAUUUGUAAACCGUGAGAACAAAACAACAAAUGAACAAAUUAAUCGAACAAAUUAGCAUUUUAUAUACAAAUACAUAAUUAC